AUGAUUUCAAAGCGAAUACCUUCAGAUACACUUCUACAAGUAUGCAAUAAACAUUCACAAAUUAAUUCAAUCUACAUACUAUGUUCAAAAGACAUCAAUACUGCUAAAACUUUUGAAACAUCGAUUAAGAUUCGUGAAUUUUACGCGGAUCUCGGAUCAUUAUGUAAUCAAUUGAAGCAGUUGCCAAGCAUAACACGAUUUCCCAGAGAAGGAUUCACCCGCAACGAUUUUACUAUCAAUUCAUUAUCAAGCAUGGCAUAUUCUUGUAUUUUCUCUACUACUUCUAUCAGUCAACUGCAGUCAUCUCAAUCGUACAAUCCUGUUAAACAUCAGGAAGCUGAAUUUAUGUAUGCACUAUUAUUAAGGGAUAUUUUAAUUGAAACUGAAUCAACUCCAAAAGAAAUGAUUGAGUUUUGCCUUGAAAAAUACUGCCAUAAUGAUUUACAACUGAAAUACAUCGAGGAAUUCGAUGAAUAUUAUAUACCUUGUAAUGCUAUCUUCUGGUACACACGUGACACGUUUCUUUAUCGUCUUUUGAACGCUGCGCUCAGAGAACAGGACAUCGAUACACUCUAUUUACUUCGAUUCUUUAUCAAAGAUUUACAUUUACAGCUGAAAGAAUGCCAUGCCAUACAACAACAGAUGUCAAAUACUAUUAUUGAUGCACCUGUUCAAAGAAUAGAAACUGUUUACCGAGGACAACUUAUGAUUAAUGAAGAAUUUGAUAAGAAAAUACGAUAUAAUACCGGAAGUUUCUUCUCAGUGAACAGUUUCUUAUCAACAACUGCACAUAAAGAUUUAGCCAGUGUAUAUGCUGGCAAUUUCAGCAAUGGCGGAACCUGCAACAUGCAAAGUGUAUUGUUUGAAAUCGACAUUGAUAAAACUAUCAACAAAUUUCCUUAUGCCAAUAUUUCAACGGAAAGUGCUUUCAAUGAGGUUGAAAGCGAAAUUUUAUUCACAGUAGGAGCUGUAUUUCGAAUACAGUCGGUUGAUUGGAGUGAUCAAGGCUUGUGGAAUGUUAAACUGAAACUCACAGGUGAAGAAGACAUACAGUUACAAAAUUUAACCAAAUAUAUGAAAGAGAAUAUUAUUUGGUUACAUCCGUUAGUGAGCCUAGGGGACCUGCUGAGAGUCAUGGCCCAGUAUAAAAAAGCUGAACAAUUCUAUCUACUAGCGCUGCAAGAACCAUACGUCAAUGACAAUGUUCGUACUGUCGCUGGUGUAUAUAAUGAUCUUGCUACGAUCUACAAUGAAAUGAGAGAAUCAGACAAAGCCAUCGAAUACUAUGAAAAAUCUUUGGAUAUAAAAGUAAAACAUUUUUCAGAAAACGAUCCAAGUCUGGCACCCACUUAUGCAAAUUUAGGAUCGAUGGCCUGCGAUGCGUUUGAGUAUGAUCUAGCAUUAACGUAUUAUAAGAAAGCAUUAGAUAUUGAUCAAAGUACAUUGAAUCCCAAUCAAAAUGGUAUUGCUGUCGAUUAUAAUAGCAUUGGAUUAGUGUACAAGAAGCAAAAGCGUUAUCGAGAAGCUAUGGAAAUGUAUGAAAAAAGUAUUGAAAUUCGACUGAAAAUAUUCCCGUCUAACCAUCCAUCACUAUCAACAUCGUACAAUAAUAUUGCGAUGAUUUACAGUGCACAACGUAAUUAUACGAAAACAAUUGAAUAUUUACAAAAAACACUAGAAAUUCAAUUGAAUUCAUUACCACCACACCAUCCACCACUAGCUAUAACAUAUCAAAAUUUAUCGAUGGCCUAUGAUCGACAGCAUCAGUCGAAUAAAGCAUUAGAAUGCAUGAAAAAAGCGUAUCAAAUCGAUUUGAAAAACUUGCCAGCUGAUGAUCCAAAACUUGUUCAAAAUCUGGAAUGGAUUACUGAUGUAGAGAAACGUCUUCUAGACAUGGAAUCUUGA